CUACUUCAUCCAGGUACCCGAGCUCUUUAGUCAUUCUGCUUCGUAUACGCGCAACGAUUCUUCAGUCUUUUGACUUGAUCCAUACCAGCAAGAUAUACGUAACACUGGUAAACGCGUCCGCCGUGUACCCCGUACGCCGUAUCUCGAAAUCGCACGUUCGUCCCUGUUUGGCUUGGAUCCAAAAACGAUUGUACCGGCUACGAUCCUCACUCGUCAGCCUCAUCCACGGCAAAUAUCAGUGGACCCCGAUUCCUUGAUGAGUAAUUCAGCUUCUUUCAAAACACUACUUGCUAGAGAAAGACAUCAUCCAUUCGCCGGCCUCUCGAUUCCGUGACGCCAAACCCGAAUACAGUACAUCUCUCGGGCUUCAAAGAAGAACGGACGACGGAGAUAGGUGUUUCUUUUUUGUUCUUGACCCUUGGCCCUUUUUCGCUCAAAGUCGGGCGCGGAAAGUGAGGCUUUUGUGCGGUGCCUCAAAGAAGGAACCUUUUGAGCGUACACGUACGGAGUAACACAUCAAACCAACGAACGCGGAUACCGAUAAAAAAGCCGAAUCCGAAGGAGCGAGAUCCCCGGCUCUAGACGGUUGACGGUCCGGAUUGUUCAACUUGAACAGAAAAAAAGAAAUGACGCCACCUACACUCACGCCCUUGGAAUCCCACGGCCGUCGUGGUCGGUUGUUAUCAAUCGAGCCAUUGACACCAGAGUCUUUUGCGCCCUUUGGGACUGCCAUCUCGAGCCCCUUUCCAGACACGCUGAACAAUGUGCCCGCCAAAGUACCCGAACCACUCCACUCGCCCCAUCAACCCACGGCGGUCUUUGCGAACCAAAACUCGGCCUUGAAAACCUCGCCGGUUUCGAAAUUCGUCGACAAUUACCCCGUCAGGUCGUCAUCGUCACCCGCAGACGGUGCCGCUGCGCGUUCCAGACCUCAAAUGAGCAUGUUUUCAUGUUUCCCUCGGAACCUGAGCGGCGUGGGCAUGAUCGAUACGUCGUCGUCGUCGUCGUCGUCGACGACGACGUCUUCGCGGCCCGGCCAGAAGAAACGGCAGCAGCUCGCUUUCGAGGUGUCCGUCCUCGAAAGACACCCUUACACCACGCAGACGUUCAGUCCUCUGGGUCUCUCAUCAGAGGCGAGUAGAGGUCAGUCGACGCCGACGACCGUAUUUCUAGUCAUCGUCGCACCUUCACUGUCUUCUUCAUCCGCUUCCGCCAAGAGCGAGACGGGACAAGACGUCGAAAUCCAAAACCCGCCGGACUUGUCGCGUCUCAGGGCCUUUGUCGCGACGGGUGGCCAGGCCGUCACGUACGGGCCGGGGACGUGGCACGCUCCCAUGGCCGUCAUCGGACGUCGUCGGGUCGACUUCGUCGUGACACAGUUUGUCAAUGGCGUCGCAGACGACGAUUGUCAGGAGGUCCUCCUGGGAGACAAUGCCGUCGGCGUCGACCUGGGCGCGUUGGACUUGGACCUUCAGGCUUCGGACCACACUAGAGCCAUGUUAUGAAUUUUGUAAGUGUAAAUUUUCCACACUCGACGACGACACGAUCACACGUUAGUGAGGGGCUUCUCAGGGACGAAAUUAACUAUGAAUGUAAAUGGGACAUCCGGAGAAACGAAGAAGCAUUCAAAGAAAGCAGUGGUGGCCUCAGCUUUGGUCUACGUACAAUUACAACAUGUUCAGCAUGUGGACGCUACAAAAACAAGUAUAUAUUCAAGGGGGUAUCAUAAAGCUACUCCGUAGAAGCGAUCCAAUCAGCCUUAAACCAACCUUUGUAAGGCAAGACAGGCCCGGUCUCAACUUUUUGUUUACUCCCGAAUCGCCAAUACCACGCCGACAAAAGCAAAAUGCACUUCCAAAGUUCUAAGCCUUGCUGCCUUCAAGUUUGGUGACCAGUCUCUUCAUGGCUGUCCAUUCUUCCAUUUUCGUCUCGUUGUUGCCACACUGUAAGCCCUUUCCAACGUCAAAGACUGUUACGAUGCCAUCCAGACCACCCACGGCGAUAUGGCUGCCUCUCUUCUCUUCCCAUGCAACCUUGUUUAAUCCCUUGAAUGGCACGACACCAUUAUUUCCUCUGGUUGGCGUUCCCCUGGCAAUCGGUACUUCAAGAUCAUACGUCAGGUCAAAUACCUCGAGGUCACCAGCGCCAGUGACGCACGCAAAUACCGAAGGCUUAUGUGGUGCCCAUUUCGCGUCGUAGACCAGAUCUUCUCGAGCCAGAUUAAGCACAGGAUUGACAAUUGUAGAGCCAAUACCAGCAGCAGAAGCUGCCGCUGCCGCGCUUGAACUCGCCAAUGGUUUGAUGCGCCACAGCUUGACCGACCAGUCUG